CACUUCCGGCCCCUAGCGAUUCGUAUCCGGGUCACGUUGAACCUCUUGCUCUUGGAAUCCGUGACUAGUGGAGGUGUUGCGCUGUCGGCGUUAUCUCCUCCCGGCGAGAUCGAGCCGCAGAGUUCGUCCGCGAAGAGCCACCGCUGCCCCGGGCAGGGAAGGACGAGGAGGAGACCUGGGAGCGAGCGGCGGCAGGGCUGGUUUGUGCCAGUGCUGGCUGGCGAUUCUGCUCCUCCGCCUGCUGCUGUCUUUGGGAACCGGGUGCCAGCGCUGAGGGGUCUCGGGCUUACAACGACCCCCUUUCAUUCCCCGGCUGUCUUGGCCGCCCUACCGGGGAGGGCGGAAGAUGCCGGUGAAGAAGAAGAGAAAAUCCCCCGGGGUGGCAGCGGAAGACGGAGGCCUCAAGAAGUGUAAAAUCUCCAGCUAUUGCAGAUCCCAACCCCCUGCUAGACUAAUAGGUGGAGAGGAACAUUUUUCAAGCAAGAAGUGCCUGGCUUGGUUUUAUGAGUAUGCAGGUCCUGAUGAAGUUGUAGGGCCAGAAGGAAUGGAAAAGUUUUGUGAAGACAUUGGUGUUGAACCUGAAAAUAUUAUUAUGUUAGUUUUAGCAUGGAAGUUGGAGGCUGAAAGCAUGGGAUUUUUUACCAAGGAAGAAUGGUUAAAGGGGAUGACUUCAUUACAGUGUGACUGCACAGAAAAGUUACAGAACAAAUUUGACUUUUUGCGCUCACAGUUGAAUGAUAUUUCAUCAUUUAAGAAUAUCUACAGAUAUGCCUUUGAUUUUGCAAGGGAUAAAGAUCAGAGAAGCCUUGAUAUUGAUACUGCUAAAUCUAUGUUAGCUCUUCUUCUUGGGAGGACAUGGCCACUGUUUUCAGUAUUUUACCAGUACCUGGAGCAAUCAAAGUAUCGUGUAAUGAACAAAGAUCAAUGGUACAAUGUAUUAGAAUUCAGCAGGACAGUCCAUGCCGAUCUUAGUAACUAUGAUGAAGAUGGUGCUUGGCCUGUUCUUCUUGAUGAAUUUGUUGAGUGGCAAAAAGUCCGUCAAGCAUCAUAGCAAGAACUAUUGUGAAGAAAAUGCAAACCUUUUGAUUCCCACGUGUAUACAAACUAAUGAAAUGAGGAAAAAAAAAUCCAAAGGGUGCAUUUUCAUUCAUAUCAAAGACUUCUCAUAGUACUUUUUUUCCUUUUUUUUAAAGGAAGUUUUCUUGUUACGUUUGAUGGGCAUUGAGCCACACCUCUUCUGAGACUGAAUAUUGAAGUUUUUGUUUUGAGUUAUGUUUAUAACAUUUAUUUCAGAACAAUAAAGAUUCAGAUUUGUGACAAAGGCCUUAAAGUGAAGAUGUCCCUUGAGUGUCAGAGUGGUAUUUAUUUUUGUAAACUUGAAUUCCUGAUUUUUGAGGUUCUAACUCACUAUGAAUUUGUGGAAUUUUUAAGACUUUAAGCAGUCUUAACAUUUAGCAAUGUAGUCUGCUGGUGUUAUGAUUCAUUCAUCUCCUAUUCAGCUUUAGGAAGAAUAACUAUUGGCCUUUACUCCUGGGAUAAUGAUUUCCUGAUGCAGCUAAUCAAAAACAUUUCUGGAUAUUGGAAGUGCUACAACUUUCAACUCUGGGUUUUUGUAAAAGCUGCUGUGGUCUUAUGCACCUAUAGUUGUCUUAUCUGAAGAGUUUAGAAAUGGAAAGAUUAUUUCCAGUUAUUUUGUUUCUGACCAUUAAAUAGUGUUAAUAAACAUAAAUCAGCAUUGCAAAUGUGUAUUCUUAAUGUGAAUUUUAUGUUUCUGUAUUUCUGUCAGUUAAAAAGUCCAGUUUAUAUGUGAAAGAGCAAGAUGUAUAUAUUAAUAGCCUUAAAAUCAGAUAGCCUUAUGAGAGAACUAGGACCAGUAUUGAACUUGCAUCAUCAUCAUCAUCGUUAAUAUUGCUUUAGUGAUAUAUUAAUGAUCUGUUUAACUGUCAUUUUGUGGUAUAAGGAGUUCUAUUGAGAGCAUUUUUUUUCAUCUUAAGAGAACAUUAGCUCUGAUGUGGAUUUAGUUAAGAUUUAUAGGAAAAGAAAAUAAUAGAAUAAAGAACCAUGAAAGCAUUCUCUCUGUGCAUGACUGUGCACAGCUAAUUGCUAAUGUGAAAUUAUGAAAGGAUUUAUUGGUAUUAAUCGCAGUAUUAUUAUUUUUACAAUUUUCUGACUGAUAGCAAUAAAGAAUCUUGAGGAAAGGGCAGCUUUUUCUAAUUUAUGUGAAAGGUAUCUUUUGGACUAAUAGCAGGGCUGUUUGUACAUUCCUUUUCAAGCCAUUCAGAAUCCUAAUGAUAUGAAAACUUUGUUCACAUUCACUCUAGUCAACUUCAGUAACAUUACUAGUUUCAUUGUAUGAGUGGAGAGAAGUAAAUAAGGACAUAAUAAGUACAUUUCCAUAAUAAGGACAUUUCUGUCAGGAAUUAGGGUAAGGAUGAGGGUUAUAUUUGAUGGUGAAUUUGCUUAGUGAGUGAUUUUUGGUAUUGUUUACUUAAGGAAGAAUAGCAUUGUAAAGUUUUUUGUUUGUUUUUUGAAUAAUGGGCUGGGAGAAUGGGAGAAGAUGAUUGCCAGUGUUUUAUUUGUCUUCUUAAUGAAAUUACUUUGUACAACUUUGUAAACACUGAUUUAAUAGUGGAAAACAAUUUUUUUCCUUAAUGUCUUAUAGAUAAGGAAAAUUUUCCUUAAAUGCUUCUCUUAUGUAGUAGAAUCACUAAUUUAUUAGACCUGAGCAUACCAACAGUGUUACGAUUAACAUCAUGACUGAUGUUUUAAUAUAAAAUACAUUAUAUGGAAACAUUUACAUUUUUAGACUUUUGAAUCAUUUAAACUUAAUUGACUGUUUUGCCCAAGGCAAAAAUGCUGAACUUGAAGAAUAUUGUCCAUAUUGUUUAAUUCCAGAACAAUUUAAGUGAAAACUUAGAAGGUGUCAAUUUAUAGUCUGAAAUAAUGGUAAUAUCUUUGUCUUCUUUGUUAUUUGAUUAAAAUAAGGAACACUAAAAGCUGAGAAAUGACCUUACAAAAAUAAAAUAUAUGAAAAUACUUACUUUGCUUACUUAUCCAAAGAAAUCUUUAAGACUUUUUGAGUCUGAAAAUAAAAUGGAAAUUUACCUUCUUUCCUUAAAGUCAGCAAUCCAAUCCUACCCAGCCAAUGCUUGAUCUACUCUUCUUGCUUCAUCUAUUUCUCUUACCUCCUUAGAGUCACCUACUUUUAGACAAAUUUACUCUGGCUCAUUCAUCAAGCAGAAUGUUGGCUAUAUCUCUUAUUGUCCUUCUUUUCUUAAUUUAUAUUUGAACAAUGUUUAAUUUAUUGGGAAACUAUUAUGAUUAAGAAGUAGUAUUAGCAAAGAGGACAGUCUUAAGGAGCCUGCAGUGUAAAAAAGAAGUCUCCUAACUUCUGUGGCUCGUCUUUUGACUACCUAGCUUCAAGUGCCUUCCAGGAAUACUGCUGUAAAAUUUUCAGAAUUGUUUCCUUUGUAUGGAAUGAAAUACUCUACGGUGCUUUAUAACAUGGAGAAAACUUGCUUCUUAUAGACUAGCAUACAAAUGUAAUACAACUGGAAGAAAAUAGAGCCAGGUAUUGCUUCUCAUCUUUGAUAAGAUGGAGAGGCUGCCGCAUUCUUUUCCACCCCACCUCCUGCCCAUCUCCCACUCCCCAUGCCUUGUGGCCAAUAAUUUUUAAUAAAUGUAUCUUUAGGAAAUUGCCAGAGAUUCAGUUAACAUAGUGUGCUUAAAAAAUGGUGCGUUGCUGCUUGCUGAUCUGAAUCUAUGUUACCAUGUUUGUCUUUUAUUGUUUAAUGAUUUGCUUCUUAAAUGCUACUGAUACUUAUUGACAUAAUACAUUUUUUACAGUAAUAGUAUUUUUAUGUAUAAAUUAUAGGUUUUGUUGAUUUGGGUUUUACUCUGAAGUACUCUUAAGUAUUUGUUAAACUGGAAUUUGAGGGUCUUCUUUGGUUAUAUUAGAUUGACCCUGAGUAGUAUUUUUCUUAAAUACAAAUGCCUUUUCAUCUAGUAAACCAAAAAUUAUCUUAACAAUAUUGAAUGCCAUCUCUUGGGGGGGGGGGUUUAAAAAUAACUAGUGUUUUUAAGGAGUGCAAGAUACAUGGAGUAGCUCAUAGUCAGAAGACAUGAAGUAUAUUGCUAAUGAAAUAUUUCACUUUGAACUAAGUAUUUCUUCAACAAAACAUGUGCUUUUGCCUAAUUGCUAGUGUGAAAUUAUGAAAGGAUUUAUUGAAAUAUAUGCUUAGUUUAAGGAGCAGGUAGUAAGAAUGCUUACUUAAUUUGUUUUACUUCCUUCUUGAAGUGUACUUAAAACUGUUGUGAUAAUAAUAGACUGGUAUAGUUUAGUUCUAGUCUAAAGCUUUGCAGCACAUCUCUUAUGUGAUUCCCAAAUGUCUAAAGCACUAAAUAAAUUGGGGGAAGUUUUAAUACAUAAGUGUAUUUCUUUGUUCAAUUCAGAGAAAAGACAAAAUUAUCUUUCUUAGUCUUAUUCUUAAAAAGGAAUUCUCUUUUCUUGAAAUAAGUCUCAAAAUCAUCACAGGUAAACAUUUCAAAGAAGGGAUCAUUUUCUGUCUAGGAGAAAAGAGAAAUAGUAAAAUCUCGUUAAUUUCUGCAAUGAGAAAGCUAGUCUGAAUUAUUGAAUUUUCCAGGUCAUGUAAUUUUUUAAUGCAUGUAGUUGUAUUCCUUUCAUGAUUAUUUGGUAACAACCAAAUUAAGAGUUUGCUUUAACGAAUGUAUAAGACUCCUUUUUUUAUUAAUAGACCUAAUUACCUGUGAGUAGUACAAUGGAAACUCAAAAAGUGAUCUGAUUGUAUGGUAAACUGCUAUAGAUAGUGGAAAGAUAAAUUUCUGCCCCAACACUUGUGUGAAUUAUCACUAAUAUUUAAUUUUAGAGAUUAUACUAAUGAACUCUUACUUCAUUGGAACAAAUCUUUUGACUUUUUAAAGCACCAUUUAUUUACCUUUUCCCAAAUACCAAUCUUAGUAAAACUGAUCAUAAAUUUUUAUUACGCUCAGCUUAAAAUCUUUCACAUCCUGUAAGUAAUGAUAGUGCUUUCUUUGCUCCUUUCCUAGACCAGUUUCUUUUUCAGAUGGAUGAGACAUUUUGUUCCUUGUAAUACAUUAGAACCUUUUACUAAAUCACUCAUUUUUGCCUGUGUUUUGAUUUACCAUGUGUUAAAUAUUUUUUCAAACAUAAUAUCUAGUAACACUCUAAUAGGUUAGAUUUUAACAUGAGUAUUAAAUCUUGUCUUACAAUGCCAAUUUUAUUGUAGUUUUGUUGUAUUUAUUUUAUGGAUCUAUGAUCUAUAAAUGGAAAAGUUACAGCAAAACAGUUUAAUUAAAAAUUUCUUAGCUUCUCCCCAAAUUGUGUAAUUUUGAAUAAGUUUUAUUUUUCUGCUGUUGACUUUGUUAACUUUGCUGUUAGUGUUAAUGAAAAAUUUUCUACAUACUUCAUGGAUUGGUUUUAAGUAUUAAGUAAAACUUGUGGAUAUUAUGAAAUAUUCAAAUUUCAUACUAAUAAUUUUUCAAAGCUAAUAAGGAAAAUGGAUAUGUAUAAAGCCAGAUUCCCCACCCCCACCCCAAAACUAGGGAGCGUGUGUUUGUGUAUAAUUGGGUAUUGCUCACAAUUUACUUCUCUAGGAAAUAAAAGCCUUCAUAUAUUUGAAAGUAGAAAGAAAAUUUGCUUUCAUUUGAUUGCUGCCAAUUGAAUAUGAACUGUGAAAGAUGAAAGACUUAAUUGUUUUAUUUGAACAGCUUGUCAUUUAAGACUAAAUUUUAUUACUUUAUCAAUCUGAGCAUAAUUAAUUUAGAAGAGUAUUGAAUCAAAUGAAGGAAAUUUACUUAGAGUACUUUACCUGUACUAUUCUAUCAUGCAAAUGAAAUGGCUUAUAGCUAGUCCAUAUGAAGUUACUUUUAUCUACAAAUGUAGAAAUGUCAUUUGUUUAGGGCUCUACAUUAUUCAUUGAAGUUAUUUUGAAUAUUGAGAGAGAGUUUAUAGAAGUAAUAUCAGAGGAUCCGGAGUUCAGUUUCCUCUUUGCCAUGUCCUAAUUGGUUCUCUUGUAGACAAGUCACUUGACCUCUGUCAUCUUCAGUUUCCUCAUCUGUAACAUAGAUAAUGAUAUUGCACCAGUGUUAGUGUUAGUAAGUGCAAAUUGCAAUUUCAACAAAGACAGUUAGUUAAAAUAGGCCUUUUUUUCCCCCAAGGAAUCUUACCAUCCAGAUAGACAGAAGUAGCUGGGAUUUCCUAUUUUCUUUUUCCUUGUGUUUUUGUAUUCAAAUUCAUUCAUAUUCUUCUUAGACUAAAUGAUUCAGUAAAUCUAUAAGCCAAGCAGUGUUCUAGGACUGAGUAUAUAGCAGGGCACAGAAUAGACAUUCUCUGGCAUUUAUGGGUUUUUCUUUUUAAUUGAUAAGUAAAAUAAAUAGUUUUAUCACAUGGUUACAAAUUUAUUGAGGGAAGAUAAGUCAAGGAAGAGGUCUGGGAGAAUGUGUUACAUAGGGUUGCUAUUUUAAAUAGAAUGGUCACUGAUAAAGUGGCAUUGGGCAGAGAGACCUGACAGGCAGUGAAAGAUUGAGCCAUUUGGAUAUAUGGGAAAAGAAAAUUUCAGGCAAAAAGGAAAAUUACAUGCUAACACCCUGAGCUACUAGUGUGCUUGGUAUUUUCAAAGAACAGAAAGGAGAUCAGUGUGGCUGGGAUGGCUGGAGUGAGCAAGAGGAGAGUGUUAGAAAAUGAAGUUAGAGAGAUUGGGAGUAAUGGUAGUGCCUGAUCAUGUGAGGCAUUGUAGGCAGUUUUAAGGGCUUAGACUUUUAUAGAGUGAGAUGGGAAGCAAUUAGGGUAUUAAUCAAAGUAAGGUUGGAAAUGGAGAUAUUAUAUAGCAGCGUAACAUAAUAGUACAGAUGAGAAGUGGUAGCUUGAAUGAGUGCAAGGGCAAUGGACAUUUAGUAUGAAGUGGUCAAAUUCUGAAUAUAUUUUGAAGGGCAGGGUGUGAAAGAAAGGAUAAUCAGCAAUGACUUGGUUUUUGACUUGAAGAGCUCCAAGAUUAAAGUGGUUGUUUACCGAUAUGGAGAAGACUCAGAGGAGCAGCUUUCAGAAGGAAAGAUUGAGAGUUUAGUUUUGACUGUGUUACAGUAAACAUCUCUGUUAGAUAUACAAAGGGAAAUGUAGAGUAGUCAGUUGGAUAUUUAAGUCGAGAGGUCUUGGCUGGAGAUAUAUAUUUGGAAGCCAUCAGAAUAUAACAGUAUUUUAAGCCAAGACAUGGAAGAAAUCACCUAGGAAAUAAGGGUAGCUAGAGAAUUGAAGAAGUGAUUCGUGAAAUUAGGGUUGGCUUUUGUGAGUUUUCAAGUGAAAAAAGCCAAACAUUUACUAUAAUGUUACAGAAUCACUGAAAUCUAAAAAGCAAGGUUGAUGAGUUACCAAAUAUAUAAGCAAAUGGCAAAUUAAAUUAAAGGUGGAAUACCAUUUUAUUAAUUCUUGCAAAGAAGUGUUUUGUUUUGCAGUCAUACAGUGUAACAUUGUCAGAAUGUAUGUGGAGUGCUAGUUUUCCUGGAAGAAGAAAAUAAAAGCUGGUUCAAUUUGAUAAUUUUAGCACUAGAGGGCAGGCUUGCUUCUAGAUUGUGAAGAGCUAUGUAUGGAUUAAUUUAGCCAAACACAGUACCUACAUUCAGUUCCAUUUAAUGAAUGUACUUGAUUCUCAAGUAACAAGUUUACAGUCUCUUUUUUCUUUUGCUGGUAAAACAUAAAAUGAGACUAGUAGUUGAUAUUUAGGACAGGAAGUUGACAAUAUACGUUUAUGUAUUAAGUUCAAGGGAACUCAAGUGUAGCUUACUACAUUGUAUUUAGACCUGAUAUAAAGGGCCCACCACACGUGUAAAUGUAAGAAAAUUUGAAGCCAGUUAGAACAAACCUCGGACAUAAAAAUUUAUUCAAGAAAUAUAUUGAGCUGUUACUAUGUUCUGGGCACUGUGAUAAGAGUUGAGGCUACAAAGAUGAUUAAAAUAUAGUCCCUGCUUUAAAUAUGCUUUGGUCUAGUAUAUUAUAGUACUUAGUAUAUUGUCCUUUACCUGUCUUUUCCCCAAUAAUAGAAAUCUGGACUCAUUUAUCUUUGGUACCUAUAAGUGCCCAUCACAGCACCUGGUACUUAGGUUAGUUUUUAGUUUGUGAAAAACAUGAAUGAAAAGACAGGAAAAAAAUAAGAGCAGAAUUGGAACCUUUUCAAAAACCUAUUUUCUUUUCACACAUUCUUCUUAUAGUUAGGGAGACUUUCCUUUUAUUACCAUGUUUAUAAAUGGUUAUGGAGAUGAUUCUAGCUCUCCCUCUUUGCUCCCACCCCUCUUUUUAAUAGUCUCCAUUCCAUGAUCAAGAACAGUCAGUAGAAAUAACUGACUGACAACAGUAGAGAGUGGGGGUCACUGGAAUGGAGAGGAAAGAAAUGUGAAGAUGGGCAGCUCUUUCUGGUUGUAUCUGUUGAGAAGUUUUGAGAUGCUAAAAUGGAGGCUUGAAAUGUUCUCUCUUUUUCCCACUUUUCACCCUGAAAGUUUGCCCAUACAUGGUCCUUACUCUUCCAGUUGUUUUAGGGUUCCUACUUCUACAUAUUGGAUCCUCAGUUUCCUUGCCAUAAGAUAGUUUUGAGGAUGAAAUGAAAUAAUGCAUGCAGAAAGUAUUAGCUACUCUGUUAUCUGGAAAAACAGAUCCAUUGGAUUUUGUAAGAUGAAUUUGUGUCCAAGAAAUAUUCAUUACAAAGUAGAAUUAAAAUAAAUGGGAAAAAAAUACGUUGAUUCACAAAAACAGAUAUAUUUAGAAAUGCAAUUGUCUUGUAGGAGAUUAAUCUGUAUCAAUGAUAUAAACUAAAUUGUAUUAUUUGCUCAUUUUGGUCAGUAUAGUAUCAUGGUCAGCUCAAGGGGAUGUUAAAGAUGACUAAAUUCUAUGAUCAAUGUAGAGUGCUUAGCACAUCACCUGGCAUCAGGUAACUAGUGCUUAGUAAAUCUUAGCUGCUGUAGCUGGCUUUAAAGAAAAAGGCCAAUUUUACCUCAUAGGAAGGGCUCUUAAUAAAAAAAAAAAAUUUUUAAGGUAAAUAUUAAGAAUUAUAAAACCAAAAUACUAUAAUGUCUUAAUGGGGAACAUUUCUUAUUACAUUAUCUGAUUUUAUUACAGCCAGUCCUUUUUUAAAAAAAUGUAAGUAGCAGAAAUUCUUUCCAAAAGCUACUUAAAAUUAGAAGCACAAUAUGUCAAACAGAAAGCUAACUGACAUGCUGUGGUUGAUGUGAGGAAUCUUCCCUACGCACCAUCCUCACCCCCACUAUCACUUCUGAGAAACCUCAGAGGAACCCCUAGAUAUCUGACUGGGCAUGUUUUGAAAACUGUUGCUUCCGUUGUUGCACCUUGGCACGUCAAACACCUGAACAAAGCAAUGGAGGAAACUUCAGAUCUCUAUUUAAAUUUUUUUACUUCAUUCUCCUUAUAAAAAGCCAAAAGUGUUACUGGCUUUGUUUUAAUCUAGAAAAAGAUGAGAAAUGUCAAGUAUCCUUGGUAAUGUUUUAUACUAGAACUGUAAUGGUUAGGAUAAUUCUGUCUUAGGUUCAUUAUCUAGAGUUGGUCUAAAAGAGGGUGUUAUGUAAGGACUACCAAGAGAGAUUUGGAAUAGAUGAAUGAAUGUAUGAAUGAAUGAAUAUCGAUAGGAUGAAGCUUCACCAUGGUUCCAUAUUACAUAGCUUAAAAAGAGUAUAAUUCCCAGUCUCACCUUUGAGGAUUAUGAUUCUCAAAGGGGAGACAACUCUAAGAGCAGGGACCAUGUCAUUCAUAGGUGUUCCCUACUUUGUGUCCACAUAAUACGGAACUAAUAGAUGUUUAUUGAAUGAAUGAAAAAAUUUCCAUGUCUAUUUCUCCUAAACUGUCUAUUUUUCCUAAACUGCAAGUUACUUGAAAGACAGGGAUCAUGUUUCAUUUAUCUUUGUAUCCCUAGUGCCAGCAUAUCGCCAGCAAAUUUGGAGUUUGAUUAUUGAAUUAAUCAACGAAUGAAUGGACAAAUAUAUGCAUAUAUGUCUAAAAAGUUUAUAUAGCUACAUUACCAUUAGACUAAGAUUCUUGAGGGUAGAAACUGCAUUUAGCAGAGUGCCUGACACAUAAUAGUUUGUCAAACAUGUUUGCAAAAGUGAGAAGAACUUAAGUUUGAGUAGUGCCAGAGUAGUCUCACAUAGCCUGGCACAGUAUCUUUUAAGUAGACAAUACAAUUAUUUCAUGAUUGAAGAUAUCAGAGAUUCCACUAAGCAUUUUCUAAGUAUCAGUUGAGUAUUAUAAAUAAGCUGUAGAGUUCAGAAGAGGGAGAGUUCUGUGGACUGAAAACGUCAAGAUGGCUUCUCAAAGCAGGUUGUUUUGAUGAGGGUAGGGUAUACUUUGAGCAAACGCAGGUGGCGCAUCUUAGGAAACGUGAGUAGGACAAUAUAAUUUUAGACCUUGAGUUGGGUAGAGGUCUUUGAAAGCCCACCUGAGAAGUUUGGACCUGAGCCAGGAAGUGGUAGGUAGCUACUAAAGACUUGAAAUGAAAGUGGGUUUUGAGGACAUUAUUUAGACAGAUGGAGAGGAAAGAGACAGGGAGCAAAGAGAUAAAUAAAGAAGACAUAAUAAUACUGGUGCUGUGGGAAUUGCCCUGGGCUUGGAGUUAAAAGAUCUGUUAGGGUCCUUGCUCUGUUACUUCCUGCCUGUGUGAACUUGAACAGGUUACUUUAGCUCCUUUUUCCUCUCUGUGAAGUAGGGGUAUGAUUGAUAUGCAUAUUGAUAAUUGUACUUAAAAAUGUGUGUUAAAUGCUAAAACUAAUGCUGUGCUUUAAAUGUAGCAGGCUCGGAAUAUUUGUUCAAUGACAAAGAAUAAAUGAUAUUGACUAAUGAAAAGAAUAGAGCCACUGGAAUGUCAACUCCUGCAUCUGCCAGUAAACCUAUUAACUCUUACGGGAAGAAAAGUAAAUUUGUGAAGCCACUGAAUCUCAUGAUCUGAGGAAUGACUUUUAAGAUAAGUUGGAAAUGCCAGUGAGACUCUAAAGUUAUGUCAGAGGUGAAUAAGUCAUGAGUUUUUCAUGUUAACGUUAUUUCUAAGGUUGCUGGCUUUUGAAAGAGGCAAACCACAAGAUAAACAAUAUAGAAAAGCUUAAUUAAAAAAAAAAAACCAACUUCCUGCGGAUGGGUGCUUCAUUUGCUUUAAAUGAUUGCCUUACUAAUGAAUCUUUCUUUUUUUUCUUAAAUGGUAAAUUGUUUUAAAUUUUAGUCAUAAGAUAGUCACAUUGACUCCUCCAAUGUUACAAAAAUAAUUGAAAAAGUUGACAGGCCACCAGCUAAAUAGGGGAAACUGAUUCUUCUUUGAUUUAGAAUGUGUCAAUCUAUAAUAGUAAGUUCAGUCUUUAACUUUAUGAUGUAAGAUUGGAUUAAUGAGAACUUGUAGCACCUCUCUUUGUCUCUGGAGUACUCCAUAUCUCUGCCAUCUCAGGUAGUCUUUGAGGGUUUUUCCUCCCUUAUUCUGGGUCUCAUUAUUUUUAAAGAAAUAGUCUUUCCUCUCUGCCAAUUUUCAAACCACUACCAACCUUGUUUGUAUACUUUCAUUAGAGUGUUGAAAACACUGUAAUAGAAUAGUACACUUGCAUAUCUGUUAUCUUAACUAAACCAUGAAGCUUCCUGAGAGCAGGGACUGUGUUUUUUGCUUCUGUUUUGUUUGUCCAGUGCCCAAUAGUGUCUACAGUAUAAGGAAAGCACUAAAUAAAUGCAACAAAUGAAUAAAUGAAAAUGAACAGAUAAAUAACUGAUAUUGCUUUUGUGAGAUUUCUAAUAAUCUUUUGAGUAUUUUCUUUUUGUUCACUGGAUGGCAGAUGUUAUGCAUAGCCCUAUUUUUAAUGUUGAUUUACUAUUAAAGUAAUUAAACAAAUUAAAACAAGAAGUGCAUAUUAUAACAAUGACACUUCUGCCUCUCAAGUUGACACAGAUUUUACAGAUUAAUAGUGCCCAUUUUUCAUAAGAGUAUGGAAACAAGAAUUUUUAUACUUUGUUGGAGGGAGUGUAAAUUGCCAUACAUGGUCUUUUUCUGGAAGCCAUUUAGGAAGAUAUAUUCAAAAGCCUUAAUAAUCUUCAUAACCUUACACUCAGUAAUUCCAUGCCUAGGAAUUUUCAUAUCCUCCCACCCAGCAAUACCAAGCUAGGAAGUUAUCCUAAAGAAAAAUUUAAAAUUUUCAAAAGAUUUUUAUCAUAAGAUAGUUUGUAGGUAGGGAAAAAAAAAGGAAUCUAGUUGUUUAACUAUAGGAAAUGGGUUAAAUAACUGUAGUAUAGUCACACAAUGGAGUACUAUGCAGCCUUGAAAAAUCCAUACUAUUUUAUCAAAGGAAAGUAAAAAACAGGUUUUAAAGGAGUGUAUUCAAUAUGAUAGUGUUUCAGAAAUGUGUUUGUGAGUGUAUAGGGAAAAGAUGGCUGUACACAAAAAUAUGAAAAAUGAUAGCUUCUUGGUGAUAGAAUUACAGUUUUUUUAAUCUCAUCUGUAUUUUCUGUGAUAAAAUCAGUAUCACUUUUGUAAUUUUAAAAAGUCAAUAAAGAUUGUAUAAAGAAUA